CACGAGGGUGUAGGGUUUUGCCAUCGCCUGUGGCCAUCGCAUCUCACGACAUGGGCGCAGCCCUGGUGAGCCAAGAUCUGCUUAGAUCUUCGUCACCCCGUCGUCCAUUCAGCAGCUGUGGCAGCGAGGGACGGCGGAGUGGCUCACAGGACAAAGCUGACUUCCCAGGCUUCUAUGUGCACGCUGCAGCGCGUUACUGGAGCCGGAUCUGCUGAUGUGGGCCCUCCAUGUGAUCGCGAUCUGGCUCUCAGCCAUCUCCCACCUGCAGAUCUGUCCAGGCAGCGCCGGCCGCCCCGCUUUCCUCUCAGCCCCCCUUUCGCACACGCACAAGCGGCACUGGCACAGUAGCCAGCAGCUUAAGUUGAGUCGUCGGAGGCCACCACGUGCACAAUCACCCUCAUCAGCCCUCUCUGCAGCGGCUUUUGACGAGGCGUACUGGGAGGCGGCUAGUGAGUUCUGGCACCAUGAGAUGGGAGUGGAGUGCCUCGACGACCAGCGGGAGCUGGUCAAGCUGGCGGUCCACAGGCCAUGGCUGCGGGACGUCCCACACAUGGCCUCUCAAGUGGCGCAGCUCAGGACAGCCACCGGCCUGCAGCAGCCGGACCUCGUGGCUCUCAUCGCCGAGCUGCCGCAGCUCAUGAGCUGGGACCACCAGCACCUCACCGAGAAGCUGCUGGAUCUGCAGCGGCUGUUUCCCUCAACGUCUCUCGAGUCGCUCCUGACGAGGGCGCCCCACUUGCUGGAAGUGCAUGCUCACGAGGGGAGCGUGCUGGCCCGGAAGGUGGCCGUGAUGCGGGAGCUGCUGUCCAGCCGGGUGGUGGACCGGCUGGUCGAGUGGUGCCCCACUGUCCUGUCCAUGAACGAGACCACCCUGCUGCAGCGCGUCACGGCCAUCAGCAGCUUGCUGCACCUGGAUAUGGCCGGCCUGCGCAAGAUCCUGCUGCAGUGCCCGGCCAUCCUGCAGCUCCACCCGGAGGCCAAUCUGCAGGUGAGAUUAGAAGGUGGCGAAGGUGGCCAUUCAUCUGCUGUUCUGUUCUGUUUUGUUCUGUUGUGUGUGUCCGGUCGAUGCGAUGCAGCCCAAGAUUCGGCGUCUUCGCGAGCUGCUUCCCGGCGCCAAUGCCACGCAUGUGUUCUCGCAGUGCCCCUCCCUGCUGACCCAGGACUUCGAGUCCUCAAUCCCGAUGAAGCUGAGGUACCUAAGGUCGAUGCUGCCGACUAUCGACACGCAGAAGCUGGUCAUGGACGCGCCCUUCCUGCUCUGCCGCGACGUCGAGACCACCCUGCCCGAGAAGAUCCAAGCAAUGAGGGCGUUCCUGCCCGCAAACACAGAUGUCGGCAAAGUCGUCAGCAAGGUGGGCGGGCCUGGACUGGCCUGGCACAAACGAAGGAGGAGAGAGCCGAGUGCACGCACUUGCAUUGGACUGGAGAUGUGUGUGUGUGUGUGCAGUUUCCGAAUGUGCUGGCGUAUGACGUCAAGGGCACCCUGACGGGGCGGUUCAGGGCUUUGGCUGAGAUGUUCGGCGAGGCCGAUGCGACGCAGGUCGUCAAGCGCCUGCCGGCCCUUCUGUGCUUCGACCCAGCCACGUAGGCACACACGCAGACAGACAGACAGACCUGCAUGUGCGUGCGCAUCCAUCUCGUGUGUCUCAUUGAUUGACUGAUCGGUAUGUUCACACAGGUGUAUCGCCCCUCGUCUGGCUGAGCUGCAGCACCUGUUCCCCCUGUGUGACGUGAAGAAGCUGGUGGUGCGGCAGCCCACCAUUCUGCUGGUCAGCACAGCAAAGCACAGCCACCAGCCAUGGACCGGACCCUUGCGGGUUUGUGUGUGUGUGCGUGUGUGUGUCAGAUGGUCAAGAAGAGGAUCUUUGUGAAGCUCUGUGACCUGGAGACCCUCCUGCCAGGCGUGGACGGCUCGCGACUCGUCAGCAAGGCGCCACGCCUUCUCGCCUGUGACAUCAAGAACACCGGUGGGCGCGGCGCAGAACAGCACACGACACACGACAGAUCGAUCCGCAUUGUCUGCACCUCCCUGCGCCUGCCUGCCUGCCUGCCUGCCUGCGUGUGUGUGUGUGUGUGUGUCUGUCUAUAUCAGUGGCGUCUCACGUGCGAUCGCUGCAGUGGCUGCUGGGCGUCUCAGACGAGGAGCUCUUGCGUGUGGCGCAGCGGUGCCCCGGCGUGCUGGUCUCUGACGUCGAUGGCACCAUCGCAGAGAAGCUCGAGCAGAUCCCACGGGUAUUCCCAUCGGCCGAUGUGUCCGCCCUGGUGGUCAAGGAGCCCAGGCUGCUGGAAAUGGACAUCAAAGGGACGCUCGCAGCCAAGGUCGACGGCUGGCGGAGAAAUGUCAACGACCCCGCGGCUCUCGACGCCCGCCUGCUGGAGCAGCCGAGCAUCCUCACCUACGGCGUGGCGUCGGUCGCAAGGCUCGACCACCUCAACAAACAGCGACCACCCAGGACGCGCAAGCUCGACGUCGGCGAGACCUUCUCGGCCAUCAAGAUGAGCUGUGACAAGUUCGCCCAACGACACCCGCAGUACGCGUCGUUUCUGCAGCGGCAGCUGGCGGGCGUGUCGAUGCCUCGCCACAAGGCUGGUUCGUCUGUGUCUGUAUCUGUGCGUGAGCUGGAGUCGGUGUACGCGAAGACGCACAUCGACCGCAACAGGGUGAUGAAGCGGAUGGACGGGCAGGGCAUGAAGGCCUCAGAGAUCGACAUCUUCAUGCACGACCUCCUCAGCGCCGAGAAGCGCAUCCGCACCCUCCUCGUCGGCGGCGACCUCAGGUACAUGGCAUGAAGACGAAGAGAGACCCGACACAUGUAUCACAUCACGCCAACACAACCCUGGCUCUGUGUGUCAGAGCGAUUAAGUUGCGUGAUCUGCUGCCGGGCAUCGAUGCGGCCAAGGUCAUGGCAGAGAACCCGAAGCUCUUGCUGGAAGAUGCCGACACCCUCACUCGGCGAAUGGAGCAGCUUCGCCGCCUCCUGCCGGGCGUCAACGUGCCCCGCGUCAUCGCCGAGUGCCCCAAGCUGCUGCACGCCAGUGUCGAGAGGGACGUGCGAAGGCGGCUGGAGGGGCUGGUGGAGGAGCUGACGCGCCUCAACGGCGGGGAGCGGCCUCCCAAGGGCCAGGUGUCGAGCAUGGUGCUGCACGCGCCGCAGGUGCUGCUGACGGAUGGGAUGGUGGAGAGGUGCCGAUUGCUCGAGUCGAUGGUUGAAGAUCCGGAGUCGCUGUGUGCGCGGCUGCUGCGGGAUCCACGGCUGCUGAGUGUGCCGAUGACGUCUCUCGCCCGAGUUGCCUACUGGCACAGCGAGACGCCGUCAGGGCUGCAGGUGGAGCAGCUGUCUAUCAUCCUCAAGUCGACACGAAGGCGGUUCGUCGAGAAAAACCAAGGCUACCCAGAAUUCCUGACGGUGAGUGAACUAACUGUGAAAGAUGUAUACCCUACAGACGCUGUCGGUCGCCCGAUGUGUGUGUGGUGGGAAUGUCUGUCUGGUUUGGGUGUGCAGGCCGAGUUGGUGUCGAGAGGGAUGUCCCGUGAGCGAGCGGAGCGGAUGUCUGUGGUGCAGAGGGAGAAGGCUGUUGUCGAUGCGCUGUUCACUGCAUGAGUGAAUGAGGAAAGGAUCUGUGGGCUGCCGACGAAUAAAUAGAUAGGUGUACAGGGGUGUGGG